UCAGUGCCGGGCCGGGCGGCUGCGGCAGGAGGAAGCAGCCGCCGCGGCAGGACAGAAGGGACGAGCCCAGGGGCCGGAGCGGGCACCAUGGAGGACGGAGUCUAUGUGCCCCCGGACCUGACCCCCGAGGAGCGGCUGGAGCUGGAGAACAUCCGGCGGCGGAAGCAAGAGCUGCUGGUGGAAAUCCAGCGGCUGCGGGAUGAGCUAAGCGAGGCCAUGAAUGAGGUGGAGGGUCUGGAGGCGAAUGAGGGCAGCAAAACCCUUCAGAGGAACCGGAAGAUAGGGAUGGGCCGCAAGAAAUUCAACAUGGAUCCUAAAAAGGGCAUCCAGUUCCUGGUGGAAAACGAGCUGCUGCACAACACGCCCGAGGAGAUCGCCCGGUUCCUCUACAAGGGAGAAGGGCUCAACAAGACGGCCAUCGGGGACUACCUGGGGGAGAGGGAGGACUUCAACAUCGCCGUGCUGCACGCCUUCGUCGACCUGCACGAGUUCACCGACCUCAACCUGGUGCAGGCGCUGCGGCAGUUCCUAUGGAGCUUCCGCCUGCCCGGGGAGGCCCAGAAGAUCGACCGCAUGAUGGAGGCCUUUGCCCAGCGUUACUGUCUCUGCAACCCCGGCGUCUUCCAGUCCACAGACACCUGCUACGUGCUCUCCUUCGCCGUCAUCAUGCUGAACACCAGCCUGCACAACCCCAAUGUGCGGGACAAACCCACCGUGGAGCGAUUCAUCACCAUGAACCGGGGCAUCAACGACGGGGGUGACCUGCCCGAGGAGCUGCUGCGGAACCUGUACGACAGCAUCCGGAACGAGCCGUUCAAGAUCCCGGAGGACGACGGGAACGACCUGACCCACACGUUCUUCAACCCGGACCGGGAGGGCUGGCUGCUCAAGCUGGGCGGGCGCGUGAAAACGUGGAAAAGACGCUGGUUCAUUCUGACUGACAACUGUCUGUACUACUUCGAGUACACCACGGACAAGGAGCCGCGGGGGAUCAUCCCACUGGAGAACCUGAGCAUCCGGGAGGUGGAGGAUCCUCGCAAGCCGAACUGUUUUGAGCUAUAUAUUCCCAACAACAAGGGCCAGCUGAUCAAGGCCUGCAAGACGGAGGCCGAUGGGCGAGUGGUGGAGGGGAACCACAUGGUCUAUCGCAUCUCGGCCCCCACGCAGGAGGAGAAGGACGAGUGGAUCAAAUCCAUCAAGGCUGCCGUCAGCGUGGACCCCUUCUACGAGAUGCUGGCCGCCCGCAAGAAACGCAUCUCGGUCAAGAAGAAACAGGAGCAGGCAUGAGCCGGGCCGGCCAGCAGGCUGUGCUCCCCCCCAACCCACCUCCCUGGGCGCCGCUGAAACUGACACCCCCCUGGGCCAGGGGGGCCCAGCCACGGACAGACGGACAGACAGAGCAUCACUGACUUCCCCUCCCCCAGCAUCUGUGUGCACCACCAGCCGGAUCUGUCUUCCGAAUGCCCCCCCCCCCCCCCAGCACCCCACUUGGGAUACAGCCCCUCUCCAGGAGCCCCUGGGCACCAUGGGCCAGCACUCCCCUCCCCGCUCAUGGGGGCUGUGGCCUGGGGCCCCUGCCAUGCCAUCAGCUCAGAACCUUGCAGCUGAUUCUGAUCAGGAGUGACUCCAGAUUGACCCUGGGGGAGCAGAGAUCAGAAUGCAAACCUGCCCCCAUUGGAGUUAGGAGUGACUCUGGAUUGACCUUGGGAGAACUGAGAUCAGAAUCUGGCCCUGCCCCCAUUGCAAACAGGAGUGACUCUGGAUUGACCCAGGCCCUGACUCUGUAUCCUCAGCACUUUCCUGCAGGGGUUUCUGGGUUUUCACUGGCUGACACCAAGCUCCUGUCUACACUAAUCAGCCCUUCGGUGCAAGAAGCUGUUGCCGAACUGUUCCUCCCCUUCCCUUCCCGGUGGCUGGGAAUUUACCCACAAUGCUGUGCUCUCACCUUGGGGUGGGGCACCAGGAGCUAGUGGCGUCCCAUGGUGCCCUGCCUUUGGGGUCUCCCCUGCCCCCCACCAUUCCAGCAACACCAGGCAUGGGGUGGGGGGGCAUUCCCAUUUGCCAUCCCCUCCCCCCAUGCUAGCUGGCACACUGCAGUGCCCCAGCGCAGCCAGCAGGGGGAACUGGAGUUCUUCCCUUGGGGCAGCCAGGGGAGGGGGGAGUUUAGCCAGCCCCCUGGCCUGCCCCUCACCAGCUAAUUUUUAAAUCUUCCCACAGGGGGUGGCCCUCCACCCCCACAUACACACUCUUGGCCCUAAAGUUUGGGGUCCACCUGGAGGGGCCCCCCCAUUUUUGUGCACCCCUCUGGGCUCCAGGAACGUACACUACAGACUGAGGGUGUAUGGGGAGCACCCCCCGCCCCCCAAAGUCGAAAGCCAUUUGCUUUCGCCUGCUGUGGAAUCUCGUCCUGAUUAUUCUUCUGCCAGGAGCGCAAGGCGCCAUCGGAAAGCCCGGCCUCUCGCCUGGUGCCGCUGGGAGCAGAUGUGGGGCUCUACCCCCCCGCCCCCACCCCCAGGACCAAUCUCUGUGCCCCCUUCCCGCCACCACCUUUCCAGAUCAGCCAUCACAGGGCAUCCUGGGAGAGCCCCCCGGCUCGUCGGCUCCCAGAGGCAACCACGUGGCAAUUGGACCAAGCCAGCAGGACCCAUCUCCUCCCACGCUUGGGACCCCUGGACUUGCCGCCUCCUCCCAGCGCAGGGGGAUUUCACCCCACCCUGGGCACUGGUGUGGACAGAGGGGGCCUGGCACCAGCCCCGUGCCCGCCCCAGGAUUCCAGGGCAGGUUCAGGUUUUUGUAAUUACUAUUUAAGGAUUUAAUGGAUGCAACUUUAAAUGGAAUUAAAACACUACAGUCUUGA